AAGUCUGUGUUCACAAGGUGUUAGUGCUGUCCUAAAUCUCAGGUCAUUAUUGUUAACCAAGACUCCGGGAGCUAGCAGCGAGGGAACUAGAAGCAAUAAGGGACGGUGGGGGACACAGAUACAACAUGAUUGACAGUGAGCAGUUCUACCAAUCAGAUGUGGGUCAGCCCACCGAGCCCCUCCCCAGCUUCUCCCCGGCCGACCUAGUGGUCAGCGAGAAGGACCCCCGACACAAGAUUCUGGAGGACACGGACGAGAUCGAGCUGUUUGUGAUUCCCCGCUACAUGGAGGAGGAACAGGAAGUUCAGGAACUGAUCGCAACGACCACCAAAACCUACGACAAUCUGGUCAACGAGAACGAGGCUUCGCGCCGAGACUGGCACCAAGAGGUGGACGAAAUCUUUAACAGGUUUAACAUGGACAUCAAUGCGUCCCGAGAGGAACACCUAACCACCUUACGAACCCAUCAGUAUCUGCUUAGGAGUCUGAUACGCAGCAUGCUGAAGACGAUAAAAAAGAACCGACAAAUCCUAAACAGCAAUCGCCUCACAGACAUUACCAGGUACAGAUCCAAGGUCAAGGAAUAUAAUGACAUGCCAAAUAAAUGCCAGAUCAAAAUCCCACCCCUGGUCACCAAGACUGUCAAGGGGAAAGAACUGAGAGCUGAGUACGGUCAGCUCAGGACUUCCUUGACACAGACCUACGUUGAGCAGAAGACAGUGGCCAAGGCUUCCUUGCUGGACCAGCAUGCAGUGAUAUCGGCCAGCAUUCCCACGGGGCUCAAGAAUCUGUGUAAGGUGGCCUGUGUGGGGACCCACGAAGCCUGGGUCAACGGGACGGACCAGGUCCUGACCUGUGUGGACAUAUUUGGGGCCGUCCAGGGAACUGUCAGAACCACCUGUACCCUCCACCCCAACGACAUCAGCAUGACCAGGAAAGGGGAACUAGUCUACACCAAUUCCUACAACAGGACGGUGAACAUCGUGAGGCACGGGAAGUCACAAACGUUUGUGACUACCCCCGAGGGCUGGCAUCCCCAGGGGAUCUGUGACACCGCCAGUGGAGACUUCCUGGUCAGCAUGGUUAUGUCAGGUUUCUCCAGCUACAAAGUGGUCUGCUACGAUGGACAGACAGCUGAAGUGAAGCGGGAAAUCGACACUGACGACAGCGGGGACAACAUCUUCACUGGGGGGAAGUACCAAGUCUUUCUGGCCGAGAACAUCAAUGGGGACAUCUGUGCAUCGGACCGGAACUCAAAGUCGGUCAUCGCCAUCGACAAAAUCGGAAAAGUUCGCUUCCGCUAUGAUGGAAAGGCAUCUGGGGUGAAGAAGACAUUCACUCCCAAACAGAUCGUGACUGACUCGGCUGGCCAAGUGAUUGUGGCCGACUACAAGAACAACUGUCUACACGUGCUGGAUGAAGGAGGCAAGUUUCUGAGACUGGUGGACAACAAGGGGCUGGACCGCCCCACGGGGCUCAGUCUGGACAAGGAGGGGAGGCUGUGGGUGACCUUGUACUACACAGGGGAGGUCAAGGUCAUUCAGUACAGGAAAUGAACAAGAUGUGGUGCUGGGAGAGACAUGUGUGAGAUGACUGCAUUGUGAAUUGUGUGAUAUGUUCUAUGUGGGAAAUAAAUUAUGUGGAAAACC